GAUGAAGCUAAAGGAGAUUGAUCGCACUGCUAUGCAGGCAUGGAGCCCUGCCCAACAACAUCCCAUUUAUUUGGCUACAGGUACAUCUGCUCAGCAGCUGGAUGCAACUUUCAGUACCAGUGCUUCUUUGGAAAUAUUUGAACUGGACUUGUCUGAUCCUUCAUUAGAUAUGAAAUCCUGUGCAACUUUCUCCUCCCCGCACAGGUAUCAUAAAUUGAUAUGGGGACCUCAUAGAAUGGCUUCAGAUGGUAGUCCUUCUGGAGUUCUAAUUGCUGGUGGUGAAAACGGAAAUAUUAUUUUGUAUGACCCAACUAAAAUUAUAGCUGGCGAGAGUGAAGUUAUAAUUGCUCAGAAAGAGAAGCACACUGGACCAGUAAGAGCUUUGGAUGUGAAUAUUUUCCAGACCAACCUUGUAGCAUCAGGUGCUAAUGAGUCUGAAAUCUAUAUCUGGGACUUGAACAACUUUGCCACGCCAAUGACACCAGGAGCUAAAACACAGCCUCCAGAAGACAUCAGCUGUAUUGCAUGGAACAGGCAAGUCCAGCACAUCUUGGCAUCUGCCAGUCCCAGUGGUCGUGCUACCGUGUGGGAUCUCAGGAAGAAUGAGCCUAUCAUCAAAGUCAGCGACCACAGCAACCGGAUGCACUGCUCAGGCUUGGCAUGGCACCCUGAUGUUGCUACGCAGAUGGUCCUGGCUUCAGAAGAUGACAGGAUGCCUGUGAUUCAAAUGUGGGACCUUAGGUUUGCUUCUUCUCCUCUUCGUGUUUUGGAAAACCAUACAAGGGGUAUUUUGACCAUUGCUUGGAGUAUGGCAGAUCCUGAGCUGUUACUCAGCUGUGGAAAGGAUGCUAAGAUUCUCUGCUCUAACCCUAAUACAGGGGAGGUGUUGUAUGAGCUUCCCACAAAUACCCAGUGGUGUUUUGACGUUCAGUGGUGCCCCAGAAACCCUGCUGUCCUUUCCGCUGCUUCUUUUGAUGGACGGAUCAGCAUUUACUCCAUCAUGGGUGGGAGCACAGAUAGUCUGAGGCAGAAACAAGCAGACAAGCUCUCGUCGUCCUUUGGGAAUCUUGAUCCAUUUGGCACGGGGCAGCCCCUCCCUCCAUUGCAGCUUCCACAGCAGACCUCUCCACAGAACACUGUUCUGCCAUUAAAGAAGCCACCCAAAUGGCUCCGACGGCCUGUGGGUGCAUCAUUUGCAUUUGGAGGCAAGCUAGUCACAUUUGAGAAUAUCAAGUCUCAUCAGCAAGGAGCUGAGCAGCAGCAGCAACAGCAACACCAUUUUGGAGGCAAGCUAGUCACAUUUGAGAAUAUCAAGUCUCAUCAGCAAGGAGCUGAGCAGCAGCAGCAACAGCAACACCAUGUGUACGUGUGAGGCUUCAUCAAUUAUUGUCAGAAAAAAAUAGAUGCUGCCCAGAAUGAUUUUGAGAAAAAUGUGUGGUCUUUCUUAAAGGUGAAUUUUGAAGAAGAUUCUCGCAGCAAAUACCUUGAACUUUUAGGGUACAGGAAAGAUGACCUCGGGCAAAAGAUCACCUCAGCUCUGAAUAAAGAAAGUCUUGUUGAUGACAAACUAGAGGAGGCUCUUAAAGAAUCUGGCCAGUCAGUACACAGUGAUGAGGAAGACGGUCAUGCUACUGAAGAGCCGUUCUUGAGAGAGAAAACGAAAGAGGAGACUCAAGAUCUGACCUCUGGAAAAGAAACGUUUAAUAUCUCUGUCAGUGGAGAUGUUGAUGGUUUGAUUACCCAGGCUUUGCUGACCGGUAACUUUGAAAGUGCAGUCGAUCUCUGUUUACAUGAUAAUCGCAUGGCUGAUGCCAUCAUAUUGGCCAUAGCAGGUGGACAAGAGCUACUGUCAAGGACACAGAAGAAAUACUUUUCUAAGAUGCAAAGCAAAAUUACCAGGCUCAUCACUGCAGUUGUGACAAAGAACUGGAAGGAGAUAGUUCAGUCAUGUGACUUGCAAAACUGGAGAGAAGCGCUGGCUGCUGUGUUGACUUAUGCUAAGCAAGAUGAGUUUGCAGCUCUCUGUGAUCUGUUGGGCAGUAGACUUGAAAAUGAAGGGGACAGCCUCCUGCAGACACAGGCUUGUCUGUGUUAUAUUUGUGCUGGGAAUGUAGAGAAACUUGUUGCGUGUUGGACUAAAGCUCAGGAUGGAAACAAUCCCUUGUCCCUUCAGGACCUAACUGAGAAGGUAGUAAUUCUGCGUAAGGCUGUACAGUUUACACAGCCCACAGAUGCUGAUGCUGUAGGAACUCUUCUGGCUGAGAUGAUGAGUCAGUAUGCCAAUCUGUUGGCUGCACAGGGCAGCAUUGCCACUGCAUUGGCUUUCCUGCCUGCGAACACCAAUCAGCCAAAGAUUGUGCUGUUGAGGGACAGACUUUCCAGAGCCCAGGGAGAACUUCCAGUGGGACAGGAGGCACCCACGUCCCCAUAUGAGGGAGAUCCUAUGGCCAGGGGAAGAGCUGGACCUGUGGCUGGACAAAUGCAGAUGCCCCAAGGCCCAGCCCAGCAGUAUUAUCAACAGGGAGACAAUCCUCCACCCCCAGGUUUUAUUAUGCCAGGGGCUGUUCAUCCGAAUGUGCCACCUCAUCAGGCCCCCUCUCCUGGUUACAACAUGUACUCGCAGGCAGGGGCACGACAGACGUACCCACCGACUUAUCAGCCGCCACAGCAGUAUUCUUUUGGAACGGGGGGACCAGCACUCUAUCAGCCUCAACAACCUAUUGCUCCUCCUGCUUCAACUUCCUACCCUAACCCUCCCUGUAUGCCUCCUGCUUCUCCCCAUUCUGUGCCCUCUCAGUUAUACCCAGGACCACCUCAGCCCUCUCCAACCAGCUUGAAUCCCAGCUCUUCUUUCCCCAUCCCUCCUUCUGGUGCAUCCUUCCAGCAUGGCAGGCCAGGAGCUCCAGCAACUUCUGUGGCUUAUGCGCUGCCUCCUGGACCAACAGGACCUCAGAAUGGCUGGAAUGACCCUCCUGCAUUGAACAGAGUUACAAAGAAGAAGAAGAUGCCUGAUAACUUCAUGCCUCCUGUUCCCAUCACAUCCCCAAUAAUGAAUCCUCUGCUGGAUUCACAAUCCCAGAUGCAGCAGCCUCCAACUUCACUGCCACCUGCAGCUCAGGCUACAUUUCAGCCCUCACACCUUCCAUCAGCACAGCCCGUUUUACAAAAUCCUUUCCAGACUGUUCAGCAGCCUCUGGGGCAGUCAGUCAUGCCUCCUGCUAUGUCAAAACCCAGUACGGAGGGGGCACCAGGAGCUCCAAUUGGCAAUACCAUACAGCAUGUGCAGUCGUUGCCAGCAGAGAAGAUUACAAAGAAGCCAAUUCCUGAUGAGCACCUUAUUCUGAAGACCACAUUUGAAGCUCUCAUCCAGAGAUGCCUGUUGUCUGCCACAGAUCCACAAACCAAGAGGAAGUUAGAUGAUGCCAAUAAACGCCUGGAGUUCCUGUACGACAAACUUAGGGAACAGACACUCUCCCCAGCAAUCAUCAAUGGCUUGCACAGCAUUACGAAGAGCAUCGAAACACGCAACUACACAGAGGGACUGAACAUCCACACCCACAUAGUCAGCACCAGCAACUUCAGCGAGACGUCUGCCUUCAUGCCAGUGCUGAAAGUCGUCCUCACCCAAGCCAAUAAGCUGGGGGUCUGAUGUGACCCCGCCCCCCUUCACAAAGCUUGUGAGGUCACUUUUCCAAAGAAGUACAUUUCUGCAAAACGUGCAAGAAGUGGACCAAAUACCAGACCUUAGAGCAUGUUGCAGUAGAGCUCUGAUCAAUGACAUUACACUAUCGCUACUGAUACACUUCAUCUUAGAAUGGCCUUUGAGCCCUGGUGCUUUCUUAUUUUAAUCUUUUAUCAUCCCUAAUGAUUUCUGUCUCUAGACAGUGUAUUUAAUGGAUUACAUCUUGUAUUGUCAAUUUUAGGUGCAUGUUGUACUACUAUACAGUGGCUUCUAAUACAGCAGUGUGUGGCAAAAGAUGAUAUUGGGUUGUAUAUCAGACAGACCGUUUAUCACAUUCUUUCCUCCUCCCCUCCCGUUCCUCCAUAGCCACUAGACUAAAGGGUCUGAUUCUGUUUUUAAGUGUAUUUUGUCAUUCAUUUUAAAGCUACCUGCAAUUUAGUUUAUUCCAAUGAAAUGUUAAACAGCUUAAUUUUGCGCUGGGGCACGAAAGAAAAAUAAAGGCUGUUGUGAUCUUUUGAAUAAAGGUAAUUUAUUAAAAUGUG